AUGGCUGCUGUAUUCCCAAGAACGUGUUACAAAUGUGGUGAAGCUGGUCACGUUGCCGAUGACUGUACUCAAGAAGAAAGAUUGUGCUACAACUGUCGUAAACCAGGUCACGAAUCAGGUGACUGUCCGGAACCAAAACAAACCACUUCCAAACAAUGUUACUCUUGUGGUGAUGUGGGUCACAUUCAAACCGAAUGUCCUAACCAAGCUCAAGGUGCUAAAUGUUACAACUGUGGUCAAUUUGGUCACAUCUCAAAGAACUGUGACCAAGCCCCAACUGGUCAAGCUCCUCCAUUCAAGAAAUCCUAUGGUCCAAGAGGUGGCUCUGCUUCAGGCACCACCUGUUACAAAUGUGGUGGUCCAAACCAUUUUGCUAGAGACUGUCAAGCUGGUAACACCAAGUGUUAUGCUUGUGGUAAACCAGGUCACAUUUCCAAGGACUGUCACUCUGCCGCCGGUGGUUCCAAUGCUGGAUCAAAAACUUGUUACAACUGUGGAAAAUCGGGCCAUAUUUCAAGGGAAUGUACCGCUUAA